UUGCACCUGCAUUUCUCAUCUUGAGCCUUGAAUUGUGUAGUCGUGGGAGCCACAGCAGCCGGAUGUUUCAGGAAAAGCUGCAGUUGGCAGUCCUGAGUUGCCUAUGUGUGGCCAGCGCAGACAACUGUAAAACAACAUGCUUUGGUCCAAAGCAUGCCCUAGAAUUCAGGAAAACCCUCGAGGACUUGCGAUAUGAAAAAGAGAGUCCUCCCUUUCCAAGCUGCGGAUCUGCUGUGGACGUUCAGGUCCAGUUCUUCCUGGAAAGCUUUGAUUCAGUCGAUGAGCAGCAUGAGUCUGUAUCCGUGACAGGUUACAUUAGGCAUUGGUGGGUGGAUCAAAGACUGGCUUUUGCUCAGGAUACGGAUAUGGGAAACAUGUGUGUCAAUGUGCUGAUCAUUCCUAGUGACAUCAUUUGGACUCCAAAGCUAUAUAUCUACAACGCCAUCAAGCAGAUUCACCAGAACAAUGAUGCCAUGACGUCGGUGCAUGCGAAUGGCACGGUGUUUCAUGCCAUUGCCUUUCGCGGGAGCCUCAAGUGCGCUAUGCAAUACCAUCGAAUGCCCUAUGAUCAGCACGGAUGCUUCAUGAAGAUCGGGCGCUUCGAUGAGACGACGGAAAGUAUCCAGGUGAGGCCAAGGCAUGGUUCGCAGGAAUAUAUGAAACAGAGUGGUGUUGGCGUUGUUGGAGACAAGAUGCUCUCACCCGCAUGGUUCAUCGAGAAUGAACAAAAUAUUUCUACUCCUGGUGUGCGAACCAAAAAGUAUUGGCCUGAUUUGGAAGGGUCAACGGACAUUGUGUUCCUUCCUUUCAAGUUUGCUCGGCGACCUGGGUAUCUUGUUCGAAUGGUGCUGGUACCCUCUUGGCUGUUUCUGAUUGUGAGCUACACCGGCUUCUUUAUUGAUCCAAAAUCAGCUCCUGCUCGUGCAGCGGUGGCCCUACUUCCAGUUCUCAUCAUGCGAACUCUGCAAGGUUUUGUGUUCUCCAAGCUCCCACAGGUCGCAACCUGCGUGUGGCUUACAGACUACUUGCUGGGCUCUAUGAUUAUGUGUUGCUAUGCGGCUGUGCACUUGGCCAUCGUUCAGCUUCUCUUGGGCUCAGAAGAGAAAGCAGCGGAGAAUUUGCAACGCCUAAAGAAAGUCGAGAAGACCGCUCGAAAUCUGAUCGAAGAGUCGCGUGAAAAGAAAACUUUUGUGGCCACUUUGCUCAACGACUACGCGCCAGAGGUGAAGAACACUGAUGGGCAGACAACGCUAGUUUCAUAUUUGGCCAAGAAGCAUGGUGAGACAGCAACAAAGUCAGAACGCUUGGGCCAGAGGACAUACCGUUCUUACAGUGAGUUGAUGAUGUCCACUCCGAACACGAAAGAGGCGGGCUCUGAUCCAAAGGAUGACGAUGCCCUUCCAUUGCUUGAGAUAUCUUCUGACGCAUCAAGCCCACGGGGCAAAAUACGAACGACGUCUGUAGAACAUUUUGAUGCACACUUCGCCCUCAACGUGCGGCGUAAUGCUUUGCAUUCACCUAUUGAGCAAAGGCAGACGACGGAAGGUGAUUUGGCCGUCAUCCGCUACUUGCUAAGCCUUUGGCAGCGUGAAGUCCCACAAAGCGACCCAACAGCCACACCAGAGAUGCUUCGAAGGGUCAUGACCAGCUUCAACAUCUAUAUGACAACAUCAGAAACUGCGAACAUCAUGUGCACAUUCCUUCGGGAUAAAGGAUUUGACACUUUGGAAGAUGUCGGCCAGGUGCGGAUGAUAUUUUCGCUAUUUAUGGAGCUCCUUUUAGAUAUCGAGAAGUACGAGAUUGCAGCGAAACCGGAGUGGUAUAGGGUGCCACUUUCCAAGGCAAUUCCUGGGUCGCGGAGGCUGGAUGUGACAAUGCAGAUCCUUUACCCUGUUUUGGUUGUCCUACAUGCUGUGAUCUCAUUUGCCCUCAUUUGUGUCUACCCUGAGAAUCCUGACAUGGGAUUGGUGGCCGAUAUGAAUAGCGUCAUGCGCUGGCAAUAACAUGCAAUAGCCAUUUGAAGCUAUCUAAAGCUCAAAACCAGCUAAAUCCACUUCAUUUGAUCAGUGGUGUCCAUCGCUGGAUUUGGAGAGCUCCAACGCAAACACAAAAGGAAAAUUGCCACUGCUUUGAUGUUGAUUGGUUUCACAAGGUCAGUUUUCACGAACCUUGGAAUCUCCAUGGUUUCAUUUGUGCGAUUUGUAGCAGCAGGAAAUAGGCCACCAAGCUUCAAAGCCAGGUUUGGAAGUAGCUUCGAAAGUUCCAAUGGAAAAGGCUGUCAGUGCUCAAGCUGAGAUUCGUGCGAAUGUUUGAAAAGCAUUGAGUUGGCACUAGCC